GUGAAACCUAUUACAUGACAUUCCCAACGAGGCACAAUGCAACAGAUCUUUUAACUAAAUUCAAGGUUUUCACAUGAAGACAUGGAGGUGGAUAAGAUGAGUUUCUCUCUGCAAGCUACUUACUUGGUCAGAAAGUAGGCCUACAGAGAGCGACGCGGAAAAUAUUCGCUGGAGGGAUUGAGGAAGAAGGACAUCGGACUGGGCGUGCCGCUGCAAGUCUCGAGCUGAGAUUGCAUCUCCACCCGCUCGCUCACCUAGGGGUGAUCCACAGAAGCCAUCCGGGCGAAUUGUCGAGUAAAUCAUUCACCGUCGUUUGUCAUUCACCCAAUAACCUAAUUGAGACGUAUAUCAAGCGACAGCUCUGUAAUUCCUUGAUAAAGGAUAUUCCUUCACAUGAUAGGCUAUUGUUUUAUUUUCAAUAGAUGGAUAAAAAAUGUUGUAGGAGGUUGUAGGAACCCAGCUAUGGAUUUUGGAGCAACGCUGGACACGCCUGCACCUUGUAUUUUGGACAAAGUUAAAGGUUACUGCAUAAUCUUUCUCCAAAAUGCACGAGUGAUUGUUUUUGGAUAAACGUACGGUCUGUUUCAAUUCACUGGAGUGUGUUUCUAACAGUUGUAUGAUUUCUUGGAUAUUUGGGGGAACGGAAAACAUCAGGUUUCAAAAUAACGUCGUGCCAGGGACCAAUGGAUCAAUGUGAUCAGCAUGUUAGUCAAUGACAUUGUGCAUUGCAACAAAGGUGGGAAGAGGCAUUGCUACCCAGCACAGAUGAAACCGAAGAGAUUGACUAAAACCACCUUAUAGUAGUAGCCUUCCAGUAUUUCAAUUAUAGAUUUGUUAUUCCUGUGUGUUUUCCAGUAAGUGUUUGCUAUACCUGUGACCGUUGGCGGUACCUGAAGCUUGUCUCCUGUCUGGGUGUGCGUCUUUUCGAGCACAGACAUUUCCCUGCGCUGCCCGACUGGCGCUGCUAUAGAGCAACCCUCCGCCGCCUCAGUUUCACCCUGGGCAAGAGCGGAUCCCUCUGUGUGAGGACAGAAGCGCAAAGUUGGACGCUGAUCGCCAGGCACCGUGCGUAACGACAGCGGGAUCUUUCGACUUUGAGGGACCGGAGAGAGGGCUCAAACCAAAAAGGCAGAUUGGCAGGUGGCCCGAGCUGAGCCAAUGACAGGCGGCCAGGAGUCUUAACGGCGGGCAGACUUGAGUCCAGCCAACGUAGGGUGUCCACAUAGAGUGGAGGCUACCCACACACACUCACACACGGAUGAGAGCCCUGGCCGCCGGCUCGUGGACAACGCCAAGUGGCGGCUUCGCCUCCGCGUCUUUAAGGAGCCUAGCCAUGGAGCACCUGCUCCUGUGCCUGGCCCUCCUCGCUGCGCCCGUCGCCACCAUGCUGUGCCCCAAGCGCUGCACCUGCCAGAACCUCAUGCCCUCCUAUACUGUUCUCUGCGCCAAGACAGGCCUGCUCUUCGUGCCACCAAACAUUGACCGGCAGACUGCCGAGCUGCGCCUCAUGGACAACUUCAUAACCACCCUUCGUCACCGUGACUUUGCCAACAUGAGCAGCCUCAUCCACCUGACGCUGUCGCGCAAUACCAUUAGCCAGAUCAAGCCGUAUGCCUUCGCCGACCUGCAGGACCUGCACGCCCUGCACCUGGACGCCAACCGGCUCACCAUGCUGGACGACACCCAUUUCCAGGGCCUGGUCAACCUCAGGCACAUGAUCCUGGCCAACAACCAGCUGCACAGCAUCUCAGAGGGGGCCUUCCAGGACUUCCUGGAGACCCUAGAAGACCUGGACCUGUCCUACAACAACCUGGUGAACAUUCCCUGGGAGACCAUUGGCCUGCUGGCCAGUGUCAACACCCUCAGUCUGGACCACAACCUCAUAGAGAUGGUCCCCGAGGGCAUCUUUUCCAACCUGCACAAGCUGGCGCGUCUAGACAUGACCUCCAACAAGCUGAAGAAAAUCCCUCCAGAUCCCCUGUUCCUGAGGAUCCCAGUGUACGCUAAGCUGAAAGGUUCUCCACUCACAUCCCUGGUGCUGAGCUUCGGUGGGAACCCGCUGCACUGUAACUGUGAGCUAGUGUGGCUGAGGAGGCUGACCAGGGAAGACGACCUGGAGACCUGCGCCUCCCCCCGAGAGCUCGCCGGCAAGUAUUUCUGGACCAUCCGCGAGGAGGAGUUUGUGUGUGAGCCACCCAUGAUCACGCGGCACACCUCCAAGAUGUUUGUGAUGGAGGGUCAGGAGGUGAGCCUGCGCUGUAAGUCAGUGGGCGACCCGGAACCUUCCACGCAUUGGGUCAGCCCCGAGGGGAAGCUGAUUGGGAACACGUCCCGCACCAUCUGCUAUGAGAACGGCUCCUUGGACAUCCUCACCACCACUGUGAAGGACUCUGGGAAAUUCACAUGCAUCGCAUCCAACGCCGCCGGCGAGGCCACGGCACCCGUGGAGCUGGUGGUUAACCCCUCUCCACACUUUGACCCCAAGCUGGAGCCCGAGCCUGGCCCCUCUGACAUCCCCACCUCCAUCAAGUCCAACGCCAGCGGGGGCCACGCCCGCACCGACCAUCAGAGGGUCAGUGUGUCAGAGCUGAGCUCGACCUCGGUCACCAUCCGAUGGCCCCCUCAGGACCACAUUCCGGGGGUCCGUAUGUACCAGAUCCAGUACAACAGCUCCUCUGACGACAUCCUCAUAUACAGGAUGAUCCCUGCGUCUCAUAAGUUCUUCCUACUCAGUGACUUGGCCACUCAACGGGAUUAUGACCUGUGUGUGCUGGCGGUGUACGACGAUGGCGUCACGGCCCUAACCGGCACCCGCCUGGUGGGCUGCGUGGCUUUCACCACAGAGCGCGAGUACCGUCAGUGCCGCUCCCUCCACGACCAAUUCCUGGGCGGAACCAUGAUCAUCGUGAUCGGCGGUAUCAUAGUGGCGUCCGUGCUUGUCUUCAUCUUCAUCCUCCUCAUGAAAUACAAGCUGCACAGCAACCAUUACAAGCAGAAGGCGGCACAUGUCAGCAACGUGUGCUCUCAGACCAACGGAGGCCACGCGGCGGGCGGGGGAGGCCCUCCCAUCCUCCCUUCCUCCUCAGGCUCGGCUAAUAAGCCCAUGCCUCCUGGCCCAGUGGACAGGGUAGGGCAUGAGGGACCCCAUCAGGCCUCGGAAGGGGGCUUCGGAGGGCCCUUGAAAGGGACCACCGUAGUGGACUUGAACCCAGACUACGGGAAGUCAGUGAAGGACGAGGAUGCUAUAUCACAAUAACACAGGAUCUGGGACUUCCCCACCCCGCCCCCUUUUUAUUUCCUGGUGCUGGGGUCCCUCUGCCUUACCAAGGAUUAUCUCGUGUCCAAGGUGGGUGAUUCCUGUCAGACAAUUCUGGGCAAGUGCUCAGGGCUCAUCUGUAUUCAUUAACAAUUCUGCAGACUGCUUCUGUAAGAGGUAACAGAUGUGUGUGUGUGUGUCCUGUAAGUCUAGGUGCAUCUGCAUGCAGUGUCUAUUUCGAGGGGCUUGUCUUGACAAAGUGCAGUACUUUUGCUGUAUAGUAUUUUCCUCUUUAAAUGAAGGGUAGUAAAUAGUACAGUGAACUAGUCCUAUUGAGCUUCAGCGAUGACUGCAGGCAGGCUUUGCUCGUGCCCCACGCCAAGUCCCCAGGACUGAUGGGAAUACGCAAUCAUCAUAAAAUCACACAGCACAUAAAGGACGGCACGCUGUGCUCACUCGCUCCACGUCCCCCCUCUCUCUACUUCCUUCCUCUCUCCCUCACUGCCCGAUGGGAUUUCCCCCCCCCCACACACACACACUCUCUGUUUCCAUGAAAACCAAUCAUAGCUGACUUCUCUGGCCCUGAGAUGUUUGUUGUAAGUUUAAUAUCGGCAGUAUAGCACAAUCUCCUCUACAUCUGCGCUCUCCAAAUACAAAUGAACUGAGCUGGAUCCGGGACAGCUCUGUGGUUUUUUAAACACUGUCAUCGGUGUCUCUGCCGCCCACCAACAACAUCACGUCAUCCCGCAUAUUAGCACACUCAGUGUACUAACGAGGGUUUGAAGUCAUCUUUGGGGCUUCCUAAGGCAUUUGUGUUAUUCUGAUUCGUUUUUGGAGGGCAAGCUACAGGCUAUGUCACUAGCAGCUGGAAGUUACUUUUAAACAAGGGUCAGAACCUUGUUAGGUUAGAAAGGGCAAAUGGCAGCCACAUGCGUAAUAGCGACCCCUAUGGCUAUGUUCAGGAAUGCCCUUGGUAAUGUUAACCUAAGCCAGCGGUUCCAAAACUAGGGGCCGCGACCCCAUGUGGGGUGGCAUGAUAUGAAAAUUGGGUUGCAGGAGAAUUUCAAAAAGACCUGAGAAAAAAAUACAGUAGUAUGUAUAACAUUUUUUUUGUCAUAUAUAUAUAUGUAUGACAAAAAAAGGUUAUACAUACUAUUAUGUUUUCUCAGGAUACAUUAUAAUAUCAUCUUUGCAUCUCAAAAUCAUUGUAAUGUGGUUAACCUUAAAAAUCUAAAUGAAAAUGAUUCAAAUCUAAAAGAUUCAACCAGAGAGUGCCCUCAGAUCAUGGGAAAAGGCCGCACUUGACCGUUGCACUUGAAUCAUUCCCACGGUGAACGGCUAGGCCUGCUAUGCUAUGAAACCACACACGACUGCAGAGACCUUGAUACUGCCGGCCGCAAUUGAUAUGGUGACAACAAUGUGUGGGACUCACAUCAAUACCUUUGUCAGAUAACACUGUUAAACAAAGAGGAAACUCUGACUGAACGACUCAAAAACUCCCCAGCUUAUGCUCUCCAAAUGGACGUUAGCUGUGAGGGCCGAGAUGCUCAAGCAUUGACUUUUGUUCACUAUACAGGACAUGGUGUUGUGUCUCGCAAUUUCUGAGUAUGAAACAGCAUAGGGGAUGUUCAGUGUGCUGCAUGGCUAUAAUUGACCAAAAAAAACAUAUUCCAUAUGGGAUCGAAUUAUAGGGUUUUUGUACAGAUGGGGCUCUAUCUGUCCCGGGGCGGAGGGCAAGCCUCUGCACUCUAGUUCUGAAUGUGUCUCCCUCUGCCAUAUGGAUGCAUUGUAUGAUACACCGAGAGCAACUGGGGGCAAAGAAGCUGAGCACAGAACUCGGAGAUAUACUGCAACAGGUAACUUCGAUUGGAAACUAUAUCAAACCACAUCCACUGCGUGCACACCUGUUCACAAAACUAUGUGGCGAUAUGGGAUCAGAGCAUGACAAUGUUCUAUUUCACUCCGAGGCUUGGUGGUUAUCGAGGGGGAGUGUUGGAAAGAUUUUUCCCAUUGAGAGAGGAACUGUUGUCAUUCACAAUGGGAUGUAUAAAAAAUGUUUAAAACAGACUUGGUUGACUUUCUGAGUAAUGAAAAGAAAAAUAACAGAAACAGCAUCAGUAAGGUGUCCCACACGAGCGAUGACUGCUCACCUCCCAACGCUUGGAACAGCACUUUAGGAUGGACCGACUUCCCAAUCCAUUUAACUGUGAUCCUGGCUCAGUUGACAGUCCAAAGCUGAUCGAGCUGUCAUGCUGCAGACAACGCAUUCACAGUUCAAUACAGAGGAGUUUUGGUUCCUGACUCAAAGGGAAUAACCUACCGUCUCCCUCUGAGUAUUAGUGCGGCGUUCAUAACAACUGGGAACUCGGAAGGAAACAAGCUCCAAGUGGGGAAAAAUCAUUUUGAACGCUUAUCCAACUCGGGAGCUCAGGCUUUAUUCUAGAGCUCUGAUUUUCCGACCUAAAGAUCACUGACGUCAUGAUUUGACCUCUUAUUUUUUCAGAUUUCCCAUAUGCUUUGAAAGUGCUCUGAAACCCAUGGUAGGCUACCCUUCACCAGCUCAUGUCUGUGUGAAGCUGGAUUCAGUGCGCUCCUCUGCAUUCAAACCAAAUAUCGAUCCAGGUUGGAUGACAUCAGAGAUGAAGGUGCGCAGGUCGACCCCGCCCCCAGACUUUAAGAAGCUCCAAUGCGACAUGCAUCAAGCACACCUACCUCAUUAGUGGUGGUGAGAUAAGAGACAUUAUGUCAGACUAAUUUGCAAUCGACUGUCAUAUAGCCCCAUAUUAAAAGAAUGUGAUGGUGAGUUGAGAAGACAAUCAGAAAUACUGUUUUUAAGUUAACUGUCAUAGCCCCAAAUAAAAAAGUGACCAUUGGCUGUUAAUUACAUACUUUUUUUCACAUGGGUGGGGUCGUGAAAAUGUUCAGAUAUCAAAAUGGGGUCAGGGCCGAAAAAAGUUUGGGAACCCCUGACCUAAGCUAAGAGAUUAUCAACCUUCGAUCAUUGACCUCAUGUAAUAGCUUGCCAUUUGAGUAAUCAACUGCUGCAGCAGUGAAGCAAUCCAUGCAGCUCUCACUUGGGAUCAGUUGUUUUUGUUGUUGAGCAGUUUAUGAGUCCUGUUUGCAUUACAUAUCCAUUUAGUAGGAAGAGCUAUUUUUGUCUCAGAUGACCGAGUGAUUAGACCUUGGUUACACGGGGUUUUACAACCCUGUCGAUCAUAGUCUUCUUCAAGAAGAGAGUUUAGUUGGCUCAAUGAAUGGCUGCGUGUUUAUAGCUGUGGGCAGCAGCAGGCAGUGUUCUCUCUCUGUGACAGGCCUGGAUGAGGCAGAUGAGGUAGUAUUCUUCCUCAGUCGCCGUGCUCAGCGUUUAGCUGUGAAAUACCUGCAGUGUCUGUGCAUCCAUAAUUCAUCUAGGAGCAUCAGACAGCCAGCGAGGAGAUGACAGAUCACUCCCAGGAGGCCCUGUGUUUCUCACAGCGACACAAUGAGGCUGACAGAGUUACUGGCGACAGGAGGAAAGGAGAGAGAGAGAGAGAGAGAGAGAGAGAGAGAGAGAGAGAGAGAGAG